AUGCUGACGUGCUAUCUGACAUGCUUCUACGUGAUAUUCGCUAUCGUCCACGGACCGCUUGCGUUGCUUAUCAACGGCAGUAAUGGGUGGAAUCUUGUGGGCUUUAUCAAUAUGGCUGCGUUCUUGAAAUCACAAAACAAAAGACUUAUCGGAGGAAUACUUGCUGCCUUAGGAGGUACCACCGCGGUGUAUACCUUCACUCCACAGGUGGAAACGUUUUUUGGGUCAAGCGCUGAUGCUGCCACGGUGAAAAAAAUUGAAGAAGGAUACGCCAAACUUAACGGACCUGAAGGGAAGAAGUGCAAGUCGCUGCUAAAAAAGCAUUUGACGAAAGAUGUUAUGGAUAAGUUGAAGUACAAGAAAACCAAGCUUGGGGCUACUCUUUAUGAUUGCAUACGAUCAGGUAUCUACAACCUUGAUGCUGGCGUUGGUGUCUACGCUCCUGACGCCGAAUCCUAUCGAACGUUUUCUCCACUGUUCGAUAAAAUCAUAGAAGAUUAUCACGGUUUUUCUCCAAGCCAGAAACAACCUCCUGUCGAUCUCGGUGAGGGAAAAAUACAUGAGUUCCCUCCGUUGGAUCCCAAAGGAAAGUACAUCAAGUCCACUCGCAUUCGUUGCGGACGUUCCCUUGCUGGAUAUCCGUUCAAUCCGUGUUUGACUAAGGAAAACUAUUUGGAGAUGGAAAAGAAAGUGAAAAGAGCCUUUGAUUCUUUUACGGAUAAAGACCUGAAAGGCAAAUAUUAUCCACUGGAUGGGAUGACAAAAGAAACACAAGACAAACUUAUUGCUGAUCAUUUCCUGUUCAAGGAGGGAGAUCGUCAUCUCCAGGCUGCUAAUGCUUGCAAUUUCUGGCCUAAGGGACGUGGCAUUUAUCACAAUAACGACAAAACCUUUUUGAUCUGGGUAAACGAAGAGGAUCACAUGCGUAUAAUUUCUAUGCAGGAGGGCAGUGAUGUAGGACAGGUCCUGGAGCGGCUAAUCAGAGGAGUAAAAAGCAUUGAAAAAGUGGUACCAUUUUCUCGUGAUGAGCGUCUCGGAUGGCUGACUUUCUGCCCGACUAACCUCGGUUCAACAGUCCGUGCUUCUGUACAUAUCAAAUUGCCAAAACUUACUGCUAGGAAGAAAGAAUUCGAAGCCAUGUGUGAGAGACUAAACUUGCAAGUGCGUGGUAUUCACGGAGAGCACUCUGAGUCAGAAGGAGGAGUUUACGACAUAUCUAACAAAGCUCGUCUUGGUCUUUCUGAGUACCAGGCUGUGAAACAAAUGUACGACGGGGUUAAGGCUCUUAUUGCUGCAGAAGAGAAACUUUAG